AUGGCAUUCGAGUCGCUGCAUAUAUCGGUGACUUCCGAGCCUACGAUCAAAUUAUCGUUCUGGAUAUACUGGGCUGAUUGGAUAUUAGCAUUAAUAUUAUCACUUGGAUUUGUAUUUUAUUUCCACAGACUACUCGGUUUUAUUGUAUCCUUUGUGUUUAAAAUAUUUCUAUGGAGACAUUAUAAAAUAAGUGUCAAUAUACAAUCAUUUAAAGUGUCACCACUUGGUGGUCGACUAUUUAUGAAAAACCUAACGAUCCUGACUUCAGAUAUGACAAUAUCGAUAGUAAAUCUAACUUUUACAUGGAGGUAUUGGAUUUUCAGAUUAAACAGACUUUCAAAUUUUUAUUUUGAAAUAGAUAAUGAAGCCCCCGAGAUAUCACAGAAAAGAAAUGACAAACUGCCGUCAAGAUUCCUCUUGGUUAUCGAUGGUCUAGAAGUAUUCAUUUACAACAGAACUGUUGCAUACGAUAACAUAAUGGACAUAUUGGAAAAGAACAACGAUGUUUCCAGUAGUGAGGAAAAAACGGACCAAGAGUCUAGUUUGUAUUCAGACGAUAUCAAAAAUGGCAAUUUGAGAUUUAGAAACAGGAAAAGAGCAAGCAAUCCAUCGUCUACUUCAGACGAAGACCUGAAUUCUGAACAAACCUCCAAAGGUAGUCUGUCGUUAUUCUUUUUAUUGCAAGUGCUUCCUAUUGCUGUCAAAAUAAAAAGAGGAGCUAUUGUAAUUGGCAAUGUAAGCACACCUUCUAUUCUAGUGGCAUCAUACAAAGCUGCAUCUGGCACAAUAGAUGUUGCCAAAUCUCCCAAUAUUUUGGACCCAUAUAGACUACUAUACGAUUGCGUAUUUAACAAUUUCCAGCUUUGGAUGAGACCAAACAUCGGAUAUGAAAAAUACAGAUAUGGCUUAGAAGCCCACCACGAAUACCCUCAGCAGCCAACCAACGAGAAUCAAAAAUUAACAUACAUGAAAAAGUACAAAACUUGGUUCAAAUAUCAAAGAGCAACUGAAAAAUUACGGAAACUUUACUACAAAGUGCUUGGGCAAGAGAAGCCUCAAAACACGAGAUAUGAACCCAAUUUCAAUUGGCGAGGAUUAAAAAGAUAUAUUGGUGAUAAUCAAGAUGACUCGGAAGUGUUUGCAUUUUUGAACUCAGAUGUACAGUAUGCCAAAUAUAGUCUUAUAUUGGAUUCAGUAGCGACAAGGUUGAUCUAUUUCUACGAUAAUCCCGGUAUUCAGCCACUGCAAACCAAUUUGAGAACACAAAUGCCGCCUGAAUCCGGAAUUGAGGUGGAAAUAUCCAAUGGAACAAUUCACUACGGGCCCUGGACAGAUAGAGAAAGAGUUCCUAUACAGAAUAUGCUAUUCCCACCAGUAGCAAGAGACUCAAGUCCAACACGUGGUUUUUUGAAACCCGGAUCACAAAGAGAGUAUGGCGGAUUUAAGGUGACAGUGAUCGUCAAAGAUGAAGUAAUUAUUAGGAUACCAACAAGAGAGCCAAGUAAAGACAAGGAACUCAUAAAACAGAAUGCUGCAAAUAACGGUCCAACUAAGAAUUCACGACCAUUUGGAUGGCUAGAAAUCAAACUAAGCGAAGGAUCAAAUGUAAGUACUUUCACCUCAUACGUUGCCAAAGAAGAUGGAUGGCCAAAUAUCAUGAAAGUCAACUUCAAUCUGCCAGAGAUUCGAUCGUCUGUAAAUCACGAUGUAUUGUUUAUUGCCGAUUCUCAUGAAAUAGAUGCCAAAAUUGGGUUCCCAUUGCAAUGGAAUGGUAAAUGUACUUGGGAGUUUGAUCAAGUCAGUUUAAAUCCUAAAAUUUUUUUUCUAAGAGAACACACAAUGUUAUUUUCAGACUUGUUUACUGAUUUUGGACUGGGUGAUCCACAGCCGUAUGAGUACUUCCGUCUAUUUGUUUACAAUAUAAAGUGGAAAUUACUCAAUUAUAAAUUCUACUUGAAUGUUAUUGAUUUGAACAUAGUGAACAACCCAUUAGACUUUGAGAGAAACAAGUACUUGUCUUUACAGGGAGAAGAGCUUGAUUGUGAUAUCAAUUUGCCACUUAAUGGGCUUUUGACGAAAUCGACCACUGUGCUGUUCAAUAUUACAACCCCUCAUUUUGAUCUUGUACUUGAUACUCCACCAUGGCAUACGGUAAAUGCAUUUUGGAAGGAGUCAAAUGUGGUUGGAAGAAGUAAUCAUUUUAGUGUUGAUGGGUUGUAUAGGUUCUUCAGCGGUAUUGAAGUGAACACGUCUGACUAUGUUGAGAUUAGAUGCAUGGGGGAUGAAGUGUCCCUAAAGUUUUAUGGGUUUGUUAUAAGGUAUUUAUUUGCAGUUAGGGAGAAUUAUUUUGGUGACAAUAUACACUUUAAGACAUUUGAAGAAUAUACAAGUCAAGAGGAGACACAAGAAAACGAAAGUAUCGAUGGUACUUCCUCACAGGAGCCUAAUUAUUGGAAACUAAUCAAAACUGAGAAUGAUAUGGAUGUGUUUUUCACAUUUCAAGUUAGAAGUGGCUUAGUUAUGUUACCUUAUCAUACCUAUAGUUGUCAGUCUCAUAUUGGGCUAAACUUUGACAUGCUAGAUAUAGACAUACGAUUUUGCAACUACUACAUGGACAUGCAAGUUGAUUUCAGUCCAAUUUCAGCCGUUUUUGUUGAAGAUUACUACAGUGUUCAUGAUCCAUUAUUGAGUGUAAAUGAAUACGUGGAACGUUAUUUUAACAGAAAGGCUGACAUGCAUGUUGAUGGUUUUAGCGUUCAUACACACAGAAUGUUUGGGGUUCCACCUGAGGAACUAACCUUCUAUUGUAAAUGGGAUUUUUGUGCUGGUGAUUGGCUAGUUGAUAGCAGUCCAAUGUUUAUGAGAGGAGUUGCUGGCGGCAUUUCUAAUUUUGGAGUUGGCUUCCUGGAUCUGGAAAAUGCGUUGGAUGUGGCUUUCCCGCCUGCUUUUGAUGCAGCCAACUUCACUUUCAAGUGUCCCAAUUUUACAUUUCGAUUGAGGCCAGAUUCGUCAUCGUGUUUAGAAAUACAGUUAGUGGACUUUUUAUUGUCGUACAAUGACAUGAGCAACAAUAGAUACUCCAGUAAACUUGUUGUUUCUAUACCUAAAAUUAGUCUAAAGGUACUUGAAAACGAUAUGAUUGCAGCUUUCUUAAAUACAUCAUUGAUUUUCACAAACAUUUGUCAGAAAAAAGAUAUGUUGGGCCAUAGAGACACUCAGCAACUUCACGUGAGAAACAGUGAUGCUCCAUUUCAUAGAUCACCAUUUAUUCUUUUGGAAGAGUAUAGGGAUGAUUUCUAUGAAACCUCCAAAGGUUGUUUGUUUACCCCACUCUCAUUACCAAAUGCUUCAAUCCCGUUGACAGAAAUGACCUUUAACACAUCGAAGAAAUUAAACAUUGACAUUGACACGAGCAGCAUAUCUAGUGACUCGGAAUAUGCAUUUAGCAAUCGAAUGCCACCAACAAAUGAUUAUCUAGAUGAAGAGUUUACACCAUCAUACAAAGUAGAUCCAGACACAGAAUAUGACAGCUUCAUUGUCGAAUUGGGGGAUGUAGAGGCAUAUGUUUCUCCUGUUAAAUCCAUUGAAAUUAUCAUCAGCACGUUACAAGCAAUGGAGGAUUACUCAUUGGAUACUAUUAUGGAUCAGCUUAAUGUGAGCACAAUCAAGUUCCUAGGAAGUCUCAUACACUCCACUGAAACAGUAAAGAAUUGCAGAAUUGUUAAUCACGAUAUAUCAAUAAAGCUUGGAGAAUUUCUUCUUGUUGAUCCUAAAGAGCUCACACAACAAGCCAAAAAACAUUCGACCAUUAACUUACAGAUUUCUGAUUUGUCGUUGGCGUUAUCAGAAAAAGCCAGUAAAACAGUCGAUGAAGGAAAUAUUACAAGCAAUGAAGAGCUUUCGCUUGCUUUGCAUAUAAAAGACAUUCUUAUAUCAGUUGCACAACCAGUUGUUUUUAAUGCUGCCGUGAUAUUUACGAUACAAGAAAUUGAAUAUUGGAUGGAAUUAACGCAAGAUGAUUUUACAGCAUCCGGAAAUGUUGAGGCAAUUGGUUUCAACAUUGACGACACGCAAACUACUUGGUUGGCUGAUGGUAUUACACACAUUAUUGAGACCAUUGAGGAGUUGAAGGCAACAUUUGAAAAGCACAGUCAUGAAAUAAAUGCAAACGCAUGCUUGGUACACGCUUUAACAUUAGCGUCGAUUGAGUAUUAUAUUGACUACGAUCCAGACGUUUUGACAAAACCCGCAUACAUUUUGCGAGCUAAAAAGGAACACAUUAGAUUUUUUGAUAGUUGGAAAGUCAUUGCUCGUCUUCGACAUAUUUUACAGAGUCUUCCUGCUGACUGGCAUCACGAAGUGAACAAUAUUUUGCGAGAUAAAAACUACAUUUUACCAGAGAAUUCUUUGGAAGAAGUUACAGAAAUUUUUUCAAAAUGGAGAGCCUGGGAGGCAAACCAGGAGGAACGACGGAAAUUGCUUAAUCGUAUUUUUUCAGGGGAUACCGCAAAUAUGGAUAAAAGGCAAAUGCAUUUGCAAUUCAUUUUUGGAAAUAUAUCAUUAAAAUUGGUAUCAUCAACACAAACCGAUUAUAUUGUUUUGCAGCAAUUAUCUACAACAGUCGAUUUAAACACUGAGAAUGAAAGGAAACCUGUUGAUGUUGUAGUUGGUCUUGAUGCCUAUCAAAGCAAUAUUACCGUGUUAACAUUUGAUAAACUCAAGUUAUUACAACUGAUUAAAGAGAAUGAAAAGAGCAAUAUUGUGGUAGAAGAGGGCGAGUCAAAGAAUUUUUGGCAACAUAUUGACUUGAGUAUUUCUAUUUAUAUUGAAGCAUUUAGCCAACGAGUCCUGCUUUCAACUUUAGUUUUAGAGCUACAAGGUAAUAACUUAGCAUCGAUAGCUACCAUAAAGGAAGAAAUGAAACACAUUUCGAAUUCUUUUACUUUGAAAAAUGCAGUAUGUAAUUUAUGGGGCUCAUCCAAUCCUGUUUAUUCACAAGCGAUGGAGAACAUAAGUUGGGUUAUUGCCAGAACCAAUACUCUUGGUAAAGAAUUGUACAAGGUUGAUUUUGAACUAGACAAAGUAGAUAUACACAUGGCAAACAAAAACGAUAAGAUUCUUACAAUUUUGCAAUCAAUAUUGGCCUCAGACAUUCCAUAUGUGAAAGAAUUGUUAUCGGAAUCUGAAUCGAAGUCGUCAUCAAGUUUGAAUAUAGUGGAAUUAUUGGGAUGCAUCUCCUUGAAAUUGAAUAUUCAGGAGUUUAAUUGGAGAAUCGAGAUUUUGAGUCCCCUUGUAUUGGAAGGAAAUCCUAUUGGUUGUACUAUAGGCGCUUCCACCAUUGGUGAUGAUUUUGUUUUUGACGCAGAUUUUUUAAAAGGAAAGUUUAGCAUAAACAUUGACGAACAAAAUAUCAUAGAAAUAGAGAGUUCAAAGUUUGUAAAUGUGAUAGAGAUUGGCAUUUGGGAGAAUUUGAUGUUGUUUUCUGUACAGUCCUCUAUGGGAUACGUGAAAUUAUUGUCACCAAAUUUAAUUUCUACAAUUGUACUAUUGGACACUAAUUUACCUAAAUUGGAAAAGAAGAUUGAUAGCUUCAGGGAUCUUUUGGUUAGUCGUGAACUGACGAAACACAGUGAAACCACUGUGCAAGAGAAGGAAUUUGCUUUUAAAGUACAGUUUUCAAAUGAUUAUAUGGGUGUAUCGACUUUUGUUAACAAGACAAAACUUUUAUUUGAAGUUGAAUCCUUUACACUAGGUGCUUAUAACGUUGACCAAGUUGAAAAUGAAAAUUCCCCGCAUUUGCAACAGCUAGUUCCAAUUUACGGUGUCAUAUCUGUUCUUGCGAUUCGUAUUUCAAUUCUUGAGAGAAGUAUACCUAUUGGAUUGUCCAAUUUGUUUGACGUCAAUUUUGGUAUAAGACUUUUAGGUGUUGAUAGUGCCGGAGACCUUCAAACCUUACAAUUUGAAUCACAGUACUGCAGAAUAUGUUUAUCAGAGCCGAUCAUUUUCAAAUUGAUAAAAAUUAGCGAUGAAAUUUUGAAAGUUUUGCCAAAACAAAAAGCAGAAAAAGUACAAGAAGAACCAAAAGACCCUAUCACAGAAAUAGGAAGUAGCGAUCUAGAAAAGCUUAUUUUUUCGAGAAUCUCAACAGUUCAGUUUCUUUCGUACAACUUCUGUGUUGGGUGGCUAUUCAAUGAUUCUUCGAAAGACUAUCCGGGAAUAAUAAUGGGAGCAGAAAGAUUUUUUGCCGCAACUGAAUUUAAACUAGGGAAAUUCACAUUAAUGGAAGCAUAUUUUUCUGUUGCCAAUGGUAAUCGUUCUUCAAACUUUUACAGUACCCUGUCGCAGAAAUCGAACUUGAAUAGAGCGUUUUUGCCCAAUUUGCAACUUAGUUACUUUAUUGACAAUAACCGCCAGGGAAAGAACUUGAGCUUAUCAAUGCACGGUGAUGAACUUGAUGUUAAGUUUCUUUCCACAUCAGUUGCAAUUAUUGAAAAGGCGGUCAAUCUGGCCUCAAAUGUGCAAUCAUAUUUGGACAAAAGAUUGAAACCAUUUUAUCAAGAUAUUGAAAAAGAUGUUGCAACUCCGCAUAAAGAGUCAUUAUUUGCUAAUACUUUUGAUUCAAUAGAAUUCAUAACGACUUUUGCAGGUUCAAAUGUGUUAAUCCAUCGAUUAGACAACGAUGAUUCCGAAUCUCCAGCAUCACUCUACUUGCAUGCGCCAGCUAUCAAAACUGCUAUAAAGUAUUUGAAUAAAAAAAAUCAAGGGAAAAGUAAAUUGAUGGGUGAAAUUUUGACUACUUCAUCGGAUAACACAUUAUAUUCGAAAUGUAUGCCGGUAGUGAUGGAUAUAAUAAAUGGCACAAAGGGGUUAUUAGGAAAAUCCAAGAAGGUUAAUAGCAACGACUUACUUGUCGAAGAGCAACCCCAAAGCUCUGAUUUUAUUAGAACAAUUUUAGAUGAAACUGAUAUACAUUUUGGUGUGAGAAUUGAAAACCAAUCAUUAUCGCUUAGUUGUGAACCAACAGCAAAGGUAGCCGCUAUAGUUGGUCUUGAAGGAAUUUUUAUGCAGUUGAAUACUAGUGAUUCCCGAACUCCCGGGUUCAACGUUUCUGUGAUGGUGGAUUCUGUUUCCGUUUCGCUACAGCACAUAUACUCUAGAGAUAUUAGUGCAUCUGCCGGUAUAAAGAAUAUUUUGUUAACGAAUACAUUUGAAUUCAGUGAAGUGACAAGGUUGUUUUCAUCUGGAUCCAUUAGUGAUGCCGAUGCUUAUAUCAAUGUGAAGCAAUACCAAGAUGUCGAAUUGUUCAAAGAUAUUUGGUUUCCCAAGGAAUACUUUGAAAACUAUUAUACUCACCCUUAUCCAGAGGAGGAGCAAGAGGAGUCACCUGUUGAUGAUACAUUUGAGGGAUUGGCUUUGGCCCAAAAUAGGAAUCUUUCUUCAAGAUUUAAAGAAGUUUCGACAACAUAUGCUUUUCCUUGGAUUGUGGCAUUUGUUAUUUCAAAUGUUAACGCCAGGGUAGAUUUUGGACAAUCACUUGGGAAUUUUAAUUUACACAUUGAGAACUUUUGGGCAGUUUCCAAAAAGUCGGUUGAUUGGUCACAGGAUUUAAAGACAGGCGUCAACGAGGUAUCGUUGACCUCAGUUGGUAGAUUAGGAGGGAGUCUUUUUAUCAGAAAUAUUAAUUUACACACUGGUAUUAGUUGGAAACUUGAUCUGGGAAUUACGUUGGAUGUACCUUUAAUUUUAGUAUCUGGUGGUGUUGAGGAACUACAUUUGAAAAUGUCAUUUGAUCAUCAUGUAAUUGCAAUUGCCAAUUUUGAACAAUUUUCCAUGGAUAUAUAUAAUAAAAAGAGUGAAAUAUCGAUUGCAAAAGAUCAUUUGUUUAUGACAACCACGUUCAAAACAGCAGAGAUAUAUGUAACUUCUUUGACUGCUUCAAACUUUAUGGAUAUCCAGAACACUAUAUCAAGAAUGGUACAGGAAAACCAACGAUCAUAUAAGGAGACCCUUAGGGACUCAUCAAAGGGGAAAUCACUUGAAGAGAAGAAAAGAAGAAGGUAUUCGGAAAAUGCUAUUUUAGAGACAGUGAAAAAACUAGAGACGAGAAUCCACGUCUCGGCAGGGAAAGUAUUGAUCCAUAUCUACCCAUCGUCGAUGGAUAAUAGCAAAGUGUUGGUGAUAAAACUUGAUGAGUCUCGAGCUAAAUUCCAACAAAAUGAGUAUUCCAGUGGUAUUUCCAACGAGUUGGAUUUAAAGUUCAACGAUUUGAAAGUUUCACUAUCGUCAGUUUCUCCAGUGCUGGAAGAAUUUGUUAAUGAGGCUUCGGUUUCAGAGCUCACUCAAAACGCCCACAAGGCUAGUGGAGGUACAAUAUUUGUUUUCCCUUCCUUCAGAAUUUCAAUGCGUACAUUUCAAAAAUACAAUUCUAAUUUAAUUGAGUAUAUGUUUCAAUCAACUUUUAAUGGAACUGUUGAUAUAAGAUGGAAUUUAGGAUCAAUUAACUUUAUUAGAGAAAUGUACUCUAUACAUUCCAAAUCGUUAGAGUCAAGAAUGGAGUAUAGAAGGAAAAUGCAACCAUUUGAUGAAGGUGCUGGUGCAAUUUCUAAAGCAAUAUUGGAACACCAAGUAAAAGAAGAAGAUACCACUCAAAAAAUUGAUGACGCAAUAAAGGAAACAAUCGAAAAGGUUGAAAGGUCCUCAAGAUUCAAGUAUUCUGCAUUGGCACCGCCGAUAAUCGAAGAACCUCGGUUGAAAGAGCUUGGAAAUGCCACUCCACCAUUGGAAUGGUUUGGAUUGCACAGAGAAAAGCUACCACACGUAACACACCAGUUGGCUAUUGUUAGUUUACAAAAGCUAAUACAUGAGAUUGAGCUGGAGUACUCCAAAAUGUUAGGCAAAGCAUAA